UGCAUGUCAAAGGAAUUACUUAUCUGUAUGUGCAUCGAUAUGUAUGUAAGUCAUACACACGCCUUAUUUUUUUUAGCCUGGACACGUGAAGGGAAGAAUCUUUGACUUCGACAAGUUUAUAACUUUCCUGUAGAAAAAACGCAUUUAUGUAAUUUUGUGCACGCAUAUUUCUUACAACGUCUGGAAAAGACUUGACGCAUUCAACGUCUUCCGUCAGUUGUCUUGAUACUUUCCUCCUUUCAUAUUCAUUCGAAUAAUAUGGCUCUAAUUUUCGGGUUUAUUAGUUUUUACGUAUUUGUGAUUUUUCAAAAAAAUGUAAAUGGAGCAAAUAUAUUGUUCCUGCAUUCAUAUGCUUCAUACAGCCACCGAAUUAGCAUGAUGCCGCUCGCCAACGCACUGAUAUCAAGAGGUCAUAAUGUAACUUACAUUGCUCCCAUGAGCGCAGAAACCCCAAACCCAAAGAUGCUGGAUAUCAUCCCUGAAACUUUCAAAACGUUUGUAGACAACAGUCUUAACGCACAGUUUGACGUGACCGUGAGAAUAGCGAAGGAAACUCCGAACCUCUUUACCAUGUUUGACCAAUUAUUUGCCCAAAGCUGUGAAGUUUUGCUGACCAGCCUAGAAUUCCAAGCCUGGUUAAAGACAUCCCCAAAAAUUGACUUGGUUGUGGCAGAUCUUGUACCAGAUUGUGGCGUGGGAAUUGCUUAUAAACUUAACGCUAAAAUUAUUCUUUACAACACUGUUGCAUUUUAUGGGAAAAUGGUUGAGCUGUUUAAAGUUCCGGACGAAGCAUUGACGACGUACUGCGAUCAACCCUACAAACCCGCAAUGUCAUUUUUUGAGAAAAUUAAAAGCACUUUACUUCCAUUGGGAUGGGCAUAUUAUGAGCAUAAAAACGUUCCCUAUUUGGAGUCAGUACUUCGAGAGGGCUUAAAUAUUACUAAACUCCCUUCAAUUUAUGAACUCUAUCAAAAUAUAAGUCUUAUAUUUUUGACUGGAAAUUAUGUCACUGAGCAGCCUCGCUCACUACCACCAAUGUUUGUUUCCGUUCCUGGACUGCAUCUAAAGAGAAAUCGUGACCCUUUGCCAGUAGCUAUUGAGCAGUUUAUCAAUUCGGAUGCUGAUACCAAUGAAGGCUUUAUAUACAUUAGCCUGGGGACUCUAGUGGUUGCCCCUAAUUUACCCAUUCAUACCCAAAAUGUGUUCAUGAACACAAUCAGGAAAUUUCCUAAAAUUAAAUUUUUAUGGAGAUGGGGUGGGGCAUUUCCAACAAAUCUACCAAAAAACUUGUACAUGGCCCAGUGGUUCCCUCAGCAAUCGAUCUUGAGCCAUGCAAAAAUAAGAGCGUUUAUAACGCAGGGUGGCCGACCAAGCUUGCAGGAAGCUAUUUUCCAUGGCGUUCCCCUUGUUGCAUUACCAAUACUUGGUGAUCAAGACUUUAAUGCGAUGCGACUAGAAGAAAUUGGCGUUGCAAUUGCGCUGGAAAUUUCAGAAAUAACUGAGCACCAGCUUCAAAGUGCAGUGUCCCGAGUCUUGCAUGGCAGUUUCAAGACUAAUGUUAAAAAAAUGUCCACAAUUUUCAAAGAUUUGCCUAUGAAACCCAUUGACACGGCAGUCUGGUGGACCGAGUACGUUUUACGUCACGAUGACAUGUCGCUCUUAAAACCAAUGGGGAGAAACCUGACUUGGUAUGAACGACGGAAUUUGGACGUUUGGUUGACUUUAUUUUUAGCUGGAGUUUUUACUGUAUUCUGCAUCAUCGCUCUUUUAAUCUCGACUUGUAAAUUUGUUCAAUCAUGCAUUACAACUUCCAAGUUAAAAACUCUAUGAAUUUACAAUUUACACCCAUUUGAUUACUAAUAAUUUUAUGAAAAUAAAUAAUUAUGAAUACACAUUGACAUUUGUA